CAAAGGGAUGCUAAGCCGACUAAUAUGGCCUCAUUUAUUAAAGUCCUUAGGCCAGGUGUAUAUAAUAUAGCCGUUCGAGCCAAACCAGGUUCUAAGGUCACAAGCUUCGCCUCAGUUGCUAAUUCUUCCGAUGAGGCUCUUGAAGUUUACCUGGCGGCCCCUCCGGUGGAAGGUCAGGCAAACAAAGAACUAGUGGACUUUAUGCAAUCAAUCUUGAAAACUGGCCUGCGGGAGCUUCGGUAUCCUAUCCUGUCUCCAGAAAAUUUUUUAUCCCCUACUUCACAUACAUUAAAUUCUACUUUCACAAAUGCUCCUGUGAUGAAUAAUAUUAUUGCAAAGGACCGAACUUCUAGUUCCUCAAAGAAAACAAAAGGAAAAGGGAAUAACAAACCCAAAUGUUCGAGUAAAAUAAGUGACUCAAAUGACAAAAAAGAAGCCACUUCUGCAACUGAAAAAGCGUCUUUACUGCCAAAUCGUGUGGCAGUUCGUCUUGCACGCGGCACCACAUCUCGAUCUAAGCUAUUGGAAGUGGAAUUCCCUGGUUCAGAAUGGGAAUUAGUUUGUCUACUUGAAAAGGCCUCUGGAUAGUAAAAUGUGUGAGGAAGUGAAGUCGUUUUAGAGUGAAAAAAACUGAAUGGAUGAUAUCAUUGUAAAAAUAUCAAAAUUCUUAUUCACUUGAAUUGAGUAUU